GUCUCGGCUGCCGGCGAGGACGCACCGGAGGCCGGACCGUGUGAGGCCUCGCAGCCACCCCGCGCGCGCGCACGGACGUAGCGAACAACGUCGUGCCGGUGACACGCGUGUGACAGUGCGGCAGUGACGAGCAGUGUGACAGCGUGUGACGGCGUGUGUGUGCGUCUAUACGUGUGUGUUGAGCGCCGCAGCCCGCAUGGCAGGUGACGGGGUGUGACGGUGGGGACUUCCCUGUCGCGCCAGGACGCUCCGGGACGUGCCAUGUCCCUGGUGAAGCUCAAGACGGCCGGCCCCGUGGCCGCCCCUCCGGGUGCGAGCCUCCCCCGCCCCCCGCGGACCAGCGGCAACAGCCAUUAUUAAGCUGUUGUCACGGCAGCAGAGAGCCGCGGCCUGUGCCGGCGCCUGCGAGUGCGAGAGAGAUAGAGAAAAGCAGUGCGCGAGUGCGUGUGUGUGUGUGUGUGUGUGUGCAAGUGCAAGUGAGACAUGCAGCCGCUGCAGUGAAGGACUCAGAAGAACGACAAGCUGGCCGAGCUCGUCGCCACCGUUGUCGCCGGGCAGGUGACCGCUGCCGCCGCCGACUGACCCCGCCCCCUUUCUCGGAAGACCCUUCCAAGAGAGGAGCCGAGAGGAGUCGAAAUUAAAAUGGAUUUCGACACUGCGCUGGAAACGUUUCGCGAAGCGUGGGUCGCCGCCAACACGAAAGGAGGGUCCCUGGACACCGUGCCGCAGCGGUCAUCGCCGUCGUGCAGCCCCAGCCGCAGCCCAGGACGCAGCCCCGGACGCAGCCCAUCCCCGCCGUCCAGCGCCUCACCCGCGCCACCCACGGGGGCCGCGACGGCCACCUCCGCCCCUGCGCCACCCCCGGCCAGUGCCACCCCGCAGCUGCGCGCCGCCACGCCGGCCGCCGCCAACCCCGGGGCAGCCGCCGCCGUCGCGGCCGCGCGGUCCCCGCCCCUGCGGUCGCCGGCGUCGUCGCCAGCACCCGCGCCCGCCGCGGCCGCCACCCCCGCGCCACCACCUCCGGCCGCUGAGGAGCGCUCCACCUUCACCGCGUCCGCUGGCCCCGGCCCCGGCGCCGGCAUGCCCGCCCUCAAGCAAGAGCACGACGGCAAGAGCACAGGUGAGUGAGUGGGAGAGGUGCCGAGUCAUGCGCCUGGAAAGGAUUAGGCCGAAUCCGGCCUCCAAGCCCCCCGGUGCUGCUGGAGGAAAGAAAGAUCGUUAGGAGAAAAAAAAUGGAAUCAAGUAGCAGUGAAUGAGGCGUCAAAAAGGGCGGUCCGUGGUUGAAGAGAGAGAGAGAGUUAGAGUGCCACGGACGGAUAGAGAAAGAGAAGAGUUGAGGCAAGCAGACGCAGGUCGGUGGAGUUUGUCUUUGUGUCGCCGCGAGAGGCCGGUUGUUUUUUGGCAGCGAAGUGAAUUAGCAUCUCACUCACUGAUGCCCCGUGACAGUCCGACGGCCCGUCCGUCUGUCCGUCCGCCUUACCCGCCCGCCUGUCCCCCCUUCUCACU